AUGGUACCACAGCACAAUAACAUCUCUACCAUAUCCUCACAACAGCCCACCACACCCCAGCCCGACCACAACAACCCAGCCCGACCCACCACACCCCAGCCCGACCCACAAUAUCCCAUUCCCGCCAACAACAACCCAGCCCCACCCACCACAACCCAGCCCCACCCACCACAACCCAGCCCCACCCACAACGACCCAGCCCCACCCACAACAACCCAGCCCGACCCAAAACAACUCAGCCCGACCCACAACAACCCAGCCCCACCCACCACACCCCAGCCCGACCCACAACAACCAAUCCCGACCCGCCACACCCCAGCCCGACCCACAACAUCCCAGCCCGACCCACAACAACACAGUUUGACCCACAACAACCCAGCCCGACCCCCAACAACCCAGCCCGACCCACCACAACCCAUCCCGACCCACAACAACCCAUCCCGACCCGACACACCCAAGCCCCACCCACAAGAACCAAGCCCGACCCACAACAACCCAGACCGACCCACAACAACUCAGCCUGACACACCACACCCCAGCCCGACCCACAACAACCCAGCCCCGGGCACCACAGCUAAGCCCGACCAACAACAACCCAGCCCGACCCACCACACCCCAGCCCCACCAACAACAACCAAAGCCCGACCCACAACAACCCAGCCCGACCCACAACAACCCAGCCUGACACACCACACGCCAGCCCCACCAACACCAACCCAGCCCCACCCACGACAUCCAAGCCCGACCCAUAACAACCCAGCCCGACCCACAACAACCCAGCCCGACCCACAACAACCAAGCCCCACCAACCACACCCAAGCCCGACCCACAACAACCCAGCCCCACCCACCACACCUCAGCCCGACCCACAACAACCCAAGCCCCACCCACCACACUCAAGCCCGACCCACAACAACCCAGCCCGACCCACCACACCCAUGCCCCACCCACAACAACCCAGCCCGACCAACCACACCCCAGCCUGACCCACAACAACCCAGCUCCACCCACCACACCCAAGCCCGACCCACAACAACCAAGCCCGACCAGCCACACCCAAACCCGAUCCACAACAACCCAGCACGACCCCCAACUCGACCAACUACAAGCAACCAGCCACAGUCCAGCACAAUCCAUCACACCUAA